AUGUAUGGUUUUUACGUUUUCGACGUUUAUGUGUCACAAUUAACGUUGAACAAAGAAAUGUACGCUGACACCGGUGGGGCAACGCUCGUGGUAAAAGUAGUUUUCAUUAAUUUGCCAACUGCAGAAGUUACGGAGCGCAGCCGAUCUCGGAAAAAUGACAUCUACGCGUACGAGUUUAAAGGUGGCCAGUCCUGCCACUUUUCAGCGUUAUCUGAGGAAUUAGUCAAAAUGAUGAAAAAAGCGCCGUUACACAUCGGCGUUUUUAGAGUGGAUGAUAAUUUUCCUGUUUGCGGCGUUCGCACUUACCUCACUGGUUGUGCUUGUGACUUGAAUACAUUACUGGUACAAAAUCCAGAAUCUUUCAUAUUUAGGGGACCGUUUGAUCUGGUAGAUUCUGGUAAUAGUUUUGCUGGUCAGUUAGGUGCUACGAUUACCGUGACUAAUAUGGGAAGAUGCAUAAUGCGACAUUACGCUCUUGUGCCCAACUCCUUCCUUUUCAAAACCGAAUCCGAGGAAAACGAGUAUAAAUGUAGUUUUAAGGAAAAGUCGAAAUCGUCUGGCAGUCAUCGUACGAUGAAUUUAGAUGUCGAUUCACCAGGUAGCUUACUCAGAGAUAUUAUUGGAAUAUCUCCAAUAGCUGGAUAUCUUGCUCAUGGAUGUCCACCACCUCAAUUGUCACGAGAACCUUUAGUGGAUCCAAGAGCGCCGCAGAGCAAGAAAGCGAAACGAAAGAGAGGCAAGAAGAAAUAG